GCUGUAUCGUGUUAGAUCAAUAUAGGGCUUUUGCCGUUGAUUUCGAUAAGAGCAAGACCGUCUCGCAUCUCAAAACAGCCAUCUUGGAGCAGAAGAAGAAGAGUUUUUCUGAUAUUGAAGCAGACCAACUCACAUUAUGGAAGGUUAAUAUCCCUCAAAGCAACAAGUGGGAAAUACAUACGGGAGUUGACAUCAAACAAAAAUUCGGAGGUAUAGAGUUAGACGACCUCACUCUUAUUGCAAAGUAUUUCCAGAAGAACCCCCAGAGGAGAGGUCUUGGAGGAACAACUUAUCAAGGAGAAGAAUCUGGUCGAGCCUACGAAGGUGUUGAUCUUAGUUGUGAUACU